AUGUCGAGAUUCCAGAUAUACGACGGUAAGUCUAAUCCUAAUUUUUACGUCGGCUUGUAUUUGAACUUAAUGGCACUCUAUACCGGGAACGAGCCAUUGCUCUGCAAGGUGUUUCCCUCAUCCUUUGGGCAAAUCGCAUCACACUGGUUUCACAAGCUGUCGAAAGGAACUAUGAAAAGUUGGAAAGGCCUGGUCAUCAUGUUUGUGGUGAGGUUUGUUACAAACAAACUACAGCUGUUGAGGGUAGACUCCCUAAUGGCUUUGAGAAUUGGUGGGGAUGAAAGCCUCAAAGCUUAUGCUAAAAGGUACUAUGAGAUGUUUAGCCAAAUACCAAGGUGCAACCAAGAGGUGGCAGUCGUAUCUUUUAAGAAUGGCCUGAACGAUGACUAUCUGCUUCGAAAGUCACUGGCAAAGACAUUGCAAAAAAACAUGGAGGAACUUAUGGCCAGGAUCGAGAAAUAUGCGAGAGCAGAGGAAGAGAUGCCAGGAGCAAAGGCGUCAAAAUAA